CCGACUCUUCAACCCUAACGUCAAUCCAUCAACCCAAUGCCUCAGCCUCGAUUCCGAUCUCCAGCUGUCCCGAUCGCUUCUCGUCGUCUCUUGGAUCGAUUCGGAGAAAUCUGAAGGGGUUUCGGUUAGGGUUCCGAUUCCUAGGGUUUUGAUGGAUCCUGGUUAGGAUUCUGAGGUAAGGGUUAGGGAUGAUUGUAUUGAGAUUAAGAUGCAGCUGGUUCUUCCGGUGGAUCAUCCGGUUGCGUUGAGUAUGAGAGGGGUGCUUGGCGGUGAUGUGGAUUUGGAGAGGGUUCGCCCACUGGAGCUGGAUUCUGUUGGUGGAAUUGGAAAACGUUGACAUGUUAACCCUCAGGAUUCAAGAGUUGAGCAAAGAAUUCCAUUCUCUUAUGAAGACGCUCGUACAUGAGAGAGAUCUGUACAUGUCAGCAUCACUGUUGAAGUUUGCUAAGGAACACUCUUCAGUAGUUGCCGUGAUGGGGAAAGGCCAUCUACAAGGAGUUAAGAAACACUGGAAUCAGCCUAUUGAGGAUGAUGAGGAAGAAUGUGAAGAAGGAUAAGAAGAGGGCUUGAGUAAAUGUAUAUGGAAAGAGUUGAAGAAGCUUCUGCAGUGUUAUAGCCAUUGUAAAUAAUUUAUGUAAAAGUUUGUAAACAAUUUAUGUAUUUCUCUACUAUUUUGGUGAAUGUAUUAUUUGAAUAUAAUAGGAUUUGAUAUUGGAAUAUAAUUAGAUUGUGUUGGAUAU